AUGACUGUCUCUACUGUUCGAUCCCUUGAGGGAAAGUUUGCCAUUGUCACUGGUGGAUCACGAGGAAUUGGUGCUGCUAUUGCCCGCGAUCUCGCAUCCAAGGGCUGCUCUGUCCUUGCUACCUAUACCUCUGAUUCGUCGACAAAGCCUACCGAAGAGCUCUGCGCGGAGCUUGUCGCGCAACACGGCAUCAAGGCCCACGGAGUCAAGGCAGACUUACAGUUGGAGGAGGCUGGGCCCGCUAUCAUUAAGGCUGCCCAGGAGCGCUUCAGCGAGAACGGCAAACUGGUCAUCGAUAUCCUAGUCAACAAUGCCGGUGUGGGAAGCGACUAUCCUCUUGGAAAGGUUCCCGUAUCCGAAUUUCACCGUAUCUACGCCGUAAACGUCCUCGCACCUAUUCUCGUCACCCAGGCCGCGCUGCCUUACCUCCCUCAUGACCGCUCCGGUCGAAUCAUCAAUAUCAGCAGCGUUGCUUCCAGCAUAGGUUUUGCCACGCAUACUCUCUUCGGAGGUACCAAGGCUGCACUGGAAGCAAUGACCCGUACUUGGGCUCGGGAGCUUGCUGAGCGUGCGACUGUGAAUGCUGUCAACCCGGGUCCUGUUGAGGGUGGUAUGUAUUUUGCUACUGGUGAGAAGUUCUGGAAACAGAUGGAGCCUUUCCAGUUGAACUGCCUACUAUCUGCGGUCCGAGAGGGUGUCGAUGACCCUUCGCUGGUUAAGUUGGCAGUCGAGGAGAUGGGCGGUCGGCGCCCUGCUUACUGGAAGGAAAUCGCGACUGUUGUCGGUAUGCUGUGUGGAUCUGAUUCUGCUUGGACAACUGGGAGUUUUAUUUCUUGCAAUGGCGGUUUCAAGUUCCAGACCUAA